AUGUCCUUCACUACCAACGCUGAAAUCGCUCAAUUCCAGGGCACCUUGCACAAAUUGUCACAUGAGUCACUGACGACCAACACAAAAAUGGAUGUGAACGUUUUUGUUCCUCCUUCCAAAAACGAUAAGAUCCCUGUCUUGGUCUACUUGUCUGGCUUGACUUGCACUCCCAACAAUGCCUCCGAAAAGUCCUUCUUCCAAUACUUUGCCACCAAGUACGGCUUUGCAAUUGUCUUCCCUGACACCUCUCCACGUGGUGCCAACAUCCAGGGUGAAGACGACUCGUGGGACUUUGGCACUGGUGCUGGAUUCUACGUUGAUGCUACUGCUGAACCCUGGUCGAAGAACUACAAGAUGUUCAGCUACGUGCACAAAGAACUCUUGACCGGUCUUGCAGGCCACUUCAAGCAAUUGGACUUUGAGAACAUCUCCAUCACUGGCCACUCCAUGGGCGGAAUGGGUGCGCUCACUGGUUUCUUGAAGAACCCCAACAAGUACAAGUCUGUAAGCGCUUUUGCUCCAAUCUGCAACCCGGUGGACUGCCAAUGGGGUGAAAAGAACUUCGGUAACUACUUGGGCUCGGACAAGGCUCAGUGGGCCGAGUACGACCCAACUCACUUGAUCAAGAAGUACAGUUCCGACAACCAACCCACCAUUCUCAUCCACCAGGGUGAAGCUGACGGCUUUUACAAGAACCAAUUGAAGCCCGAGAACUUUGAAGCCGCUGCCAAGGAGGCUGGUUACAAAGGAGGCGUGGAUUUGCACGUUGUGAAGGGCUACGAUCACCUGUACUUCUUCAUCAGCACUUUUGUGGAAGACCACGCCAAGCACCACGCUAAAUACCUCGGCUUGUCGCAAUAG